GUAAAAGGCUUGAAUGUUUCUUUCUUAACAUUGAUUCCAAAAGUGAAGAAUCCACAGAGAAUUGAGGAGUUUAUGCCUAUUUCACUCAUUGGCUCCUUGUACAAAAUUGUUGCUAAAUUGCUUGCUAGUAGGUUGCGCUCAGUAAUAGCUGACAUUAUCGGGGAACAUCAGUUGGCCUUCAUUGAAGGUAGGCAUCUAUGUGAAGGAGUUGUCACAGCAAAUGAAAUUAUUGAUAAAGCUAAGAGGAAAAAGAAGAAGAGCUUUGUUUUCAAAGUAGACUUUGAGAAGGCUUUCGACAAGGUGAAUUGGAACUUCCUUGAUUAUAUGAUGGUGAGACUUGGGUUUAAUGAAAUAUGGAGAAAAUGGAUCAUGGAGUGUCUUCAAACGAGUUUACUGUCGGUGUUGGUCAACGGUAGCCCAUCUAAACAGUUUCCUGUCUCAAGGGGGUUAAAGUAAGGAGAUCCAUUAUCUCCCUUCCUAUUCCUGAUCGUUGCAGAAGGAUUGAACAAAAUAAUCAAUACUGCAAUUGACAGGGGAUUGUAUGAAGGAAUAAAAGUGGGAAAUUCGGGCAUGCGAUGCUCUCACAUUCAAUUUGCAGAUGACACAAUCAUUUUUGGGGAAGCUUCUGAAAAAAACAUCCAGGUUGUGAAGUGCAUUAUGAGAGCUUUUGAGCUUGCCUCAGGUCUAAAAAUUAAUUAUCAUAAAAGUCAACUCAUGGGUAUCCAUAUUGAGGCUGAAUGGAUGCAGGAAAUGGCUUGGAUACUUAACUGUAAAACUGGAGUUUUGCCCUUUAAAUACUUGGGAGUCCCAGUGGGGGGAAAUCACAGAAAACUUAGCAUGUGGCUACCAUUAAUUGAAUCUUUU